CAAAUAAAGAAUCUUGUAUUUUGAAAUAAUUUUUUUAUUUCUAUCGAUUAUAAUUUCUAUUUGUUCCUAGGUGAACCAUUAACUUUCGAUAAAAAAUCAUAUUCAAAAGUUGCUGCAUAUCGUACAGGAUAUAGUAAUGGAAUUCAAGAUAUUUAUGAACAUAUAGAGAAACAUACAAAUGAUAAACAACUUCUUAGUAAUCUUUUGCAAUAUAUCGACGAAAAAGAAAUUGAAUUAAAAGAUUUAACAGGUUAG